CGGGGUACUAGUGCUGUCUGAAAGUUGUCGGCUGCCACUGUACCUCUUCAGUUGUUGCAUUUGUUUUGUUGUUGACUAUUGAAUUUUUCCCCUGUUGAAUCAUGUCAUCUGCUGAUGUUUCCCCUUGCACCACCCCCAGUGGCACACCCCUCAGUGGUAACCAUGCACCAAAGUUUGGUACAGUCAUUCCAAAUAGGAUAUUUGUAGGGGGUAUUGCGGCUAACACAACAGAGGCAGAGUUGAAGCAGUUUUUCACAGCAUAUGGAGCUGUCAAGGAUACCAAAAUAAUUGCAGAUAGAGCUGGAGUGUCAAAGGGAUAUGGAUUUGUCACAUUUGAAAAUCAAGAAGAUGCAGAAAGGAUUAUCAAAAAAGAAGCAGAUAAUCUGGUUUUCAAAGACAGAAAAUUGAACAUAGGGCCAGCUAUUCGAAAGCAGGUUUUACCAAGAACAUAUGAUCCAAAUUUAACGCAGGGAACAGUUAUGUUCACUAAUGGAGUUCCAUACACUUACCAAAAUGGAAUGGCAGUUUUUCAUUCACCUGACGGAGGUUACCAAAUACCUCAGGCGCAGGGACUUCAGUGUAGACCCACUCAUGUGAAUGCUGCUCAAAGAGAACAAGUAAAGCAACCUGCCUACACAGCUACAGUGAUGGUCCCGCAGACGCCAACUAUGUAUCACGUGGCUCCACAAUAUUCUGCCUACCAGCCAGUAAGUGGAUACGAAGGGCCUAACAACACAAGGCUAUUGGCAUCCAAACCAAUGCCUCAGAUUAAAGAGACAUACACACAUUUGCAGGCUACCCCACAGUGGACAACUGCAGCUGCUGCUGCAGCCAGCCAGUGGCGUUGGGCUCCACAGCAGAGUCCUGGCCAACCCACACUGACGGCAAAUCCAGCAUACGUUUAUGCCACAAUGCAUUCGGCUCCUGAACUCAUGUAUGCCACACAGCCCCCACCUCAAGCAUAUGGGACAGAGCUGGCUGAUGCAGCCCUCAUGGAAGGAGCCCCAGUCGAGGGUACUGGUGUGGUGCCAGUGCAGCCACCGUUGGCCAAUCACAUGCAUGUUACUGACGCUAACAGUCUCGCCUCUUCUGAGCAGACCCCUGUUACAACCGUGCUUCCUAUGCAUACUCCUGCAUCCAAUACUGCCACCACUGUCGCUAACUUGAAGAGAAAUGUAGCAAUUACUAGGCGCUCUUACAGUAGCCCUACAAUUCUUGUGAAGCAUGGCCACAAGGUACAGCGAGUGAUGCUGUCGCCUGGCUCUGUGUACGGCGGGGCCUCCGACACGGGGGAACAUUGUCAUGAGGGCAUCAUGAAAGCCCCACAUCUUAAUCCCAGCUCCAACUGAAAUAUGUAACGGGAAAAAAUCACAGCUCAAUUGAAAUUAUUUGUAAAAGAAUCUCAUCUUGUUGAAUAUUCUUACACAAAGGAUUUGUGUUCUGUGUUUUCGUGGAAAGUUAAGAAUGAUGAUUACUGUAACGUUUUAACAAGAAGAAAGAUUGGUCAUUUGUACACAUGACCAGCUGGAGGGAUUAAGAAAUAUUUUUGGAUCCAACACUUUUAAGAGUGCUAAUUUUGAUGUCUCAACAUGAAGAAAUAUGCUGACCUUGUACCCAGUUUAAGAUAAAUCAUGAAUAUGACACUUUUAUUUUUGUACAUUGAAUGUGAAUAUUUGAGCCAGUGCCUUUUCCAGGCUGGGCAGCCACACUUGUCUAUCAUAGGUGAAAAGCAACACUGAAUACCUCAGUACACCUGCAUUGAGAUUUGUCGUAACUAGUGUUAAAGGCCAAAUCAGGAAGCCAUUUGUUUACCCUUCACUUCACCUUGUAUCCUUAAAAUAUUGUCAGACAAUAAUGAUGUAUUUCUGAGAUCCAGUUUUCUACUCAUUGUUGCACCCUCCCUUAACUUUCACAUCCAGGUCAAGUACUGAUAUAUACAUGAAUAAUUGUUUUAACAAGUGAAAUGGAACUAGGUACUAAACUACACAAAUUUGUGUUCAUAGAAGGAUGCUGUUGGCCUUCUGGAAAUGUUACUUUGGCGGAAUGGAGCUUGAUGAAAAGAAUAAAAUAGAAAUAGCAACCUGUCCUGUGCCUCAUGGAAAGUGUGGAAUUUCACUCUCAGGAAGUUUUUAUUAAUUCAAGCAGUCAGAGGCUUAUAAUCAAGGAUAUGGUUCAAGUUAUUUUUAUGUUUGGCAAGUAAGUUUUGAUAAUUAGAGCAUGGUAUUAAUAAACCUUUCAAAUAAUGUAGAAUCAUAGUGAUAGUGAAUUUAGAUAAAGUUCAACUGCUUACACAAAUAUGCUUCAUAGGUUUACAGUUCAUUUACGGUUUUGUUACAAUUCGUGAAGUGUUGACUGAAAUUAGCUCCAAGGAAUACCAGCUGGCAAUUGUUUUGUGCUGGGCAAGGGUAAACAGAUGGUCCAGUUAAGAUUUGAGCCUGCGUUGUUACAUCAUGCAAUCAUACAUUGUGCCAUCAGUGUGCUGUAGGGGUGUAACGGAAUGAUGAUAGAUUUAUCAUAUGGUGACAGUAGCUGAUACAAUAGAUUUCAACAAGGUUUGCUAAACAUACAACUACUCUAAAUGUUGUCCAUUUUUUUUAUUGAAAUCAUACCACAGCUUUGUUUCAUACUGUGAGAAAAUCAAAUUUUUGGUCAAAGGUAUUUGAACUUUUUAAUUGUGAGUGUUGUAUCACGCUCCCAGUCAACAUCGUUACAUCCCUCGUGUUCUGCUCCUUCAUCCUUCCAUCAUUUGUUUGUGUUACGUUUUUGUCACUGUUUUGUUUUAUGUCCCACAUUGUCCUGUGCAGUAGUUCUCGACACACUGUUUUGUAAACUUGCUUUUUAUAGCUUUCAUAUUUGCAUGUUGUGCAAAUUCAUAGCAUAUGCAUUUAUUUUGUGUUUGGUGAACAUACCACAUUUUGACGUUUCAACAUCUAACAUUUGAGUAUUGUGUUUUUACUGGUCGGUUGUGCUUCUUGGAAGUCAAAGUAUUUUGGCUAUAUUUCAUGGUUGAUAAUCAGCUUAUAUAUACACCAGAUACAAAACCGUCAGCAAAAUUACUUGACAAUAUCCACAGAAAUAGAAGAUAUAUAUAAUAUAUUUUGGAAGUUACUUAUUAUAUUGAGGGUUUAUCUGUCAUUUUCCUCAUAUAUAUGUUUAUCAUGAUACCACAUCUUGAAUACUUGUAUUAUUUAUUUCAUUUUGUUAUGUUUUCAUGCCUGCUUCAACAGGGUUCUGUUGUAUGGGAUGUUGUAUUGAAUCCUUUAUACAGUGGUGCAGCCAAACUCAGACACCGGAAACCUUCCUAGGAUGGAAGGAUUUGAAGUUAUGAUAGGACAUUCUGAAAAUGAGAAUCAUUAUGGACCCAGUAGAACACUCGAGUCUAAAAUGCCAGACACAUUGGAACCAAAUCCCAAUCUAGUCUUUAAACAAAAUGCCUGCAAUAUUAUCAUACUCUAUUUUUUAAUGUUUCUGGAAACUAUUGUGGGUGAAUUAUAAUUGUCACUUGUCAUUUUCUUGACAUAUUGCUUAUGUUAUUUAUAUACAAAUUGUAUAUAAUCCUAGUUUAUCAAACAUCAGUGCUACUAAUGUACCACAUAUUUGGAAAGCAUAUUUCUCUACAUCCCUGCACCUGACCAAUUAACAAGAGAUAGAGUGUAAGUCACUAUUUCCCUGGCUGCACCACAGAAAGGAAAUGCAUCACUCCUAGUGUCUAGUCUUUCCAUGUCAGUUGUUUGUGCUCUGACGGCACCUGGUUGUGAUAAGCACAAGGCAAAGAGAGGAAAACUGCAUCCUGGGUACCAGGUGUUAAAAACCAAACAAUAAACAUGCCGACAUUUUUAAACUAUUAAUAUUUUCUGUUCACUUGAAUUUUAUGCUUUCUAGCAUAAAUAGACAAGUGGCUUUUUGAAAUAGUUUUCCUCAACAACAAAAAGAUAAUGGUUCAGAUAAUAUCAGAUAUCUCCAACAAUGUUUUGGUAAUUAUUUUCCAGAGAGCCAGUUUCCCUGCCUUUGUGUUAAAAAUGUUAUGGUCUCAUUUAUGUGGAAUUAUGUAAGUUAUCUCCUUGCCUUCAGAAUCAGUACAUUAUUUUGGGCUAAGUUCAUACUAUGCCAGUGUAGUAAUGUGCCCAAUUAGUACAUCUGGAACCCAUUUGGUUUUCACCACAAUCCAGCCCAUAACAUCAAAUGAAAGUAUUUUCCUAGUCCAGAACUAAGAAGUAUGAACACUUUAUGAACCUAGUAGGUAUUGAUAAUUUGAAAGCAAGGAGUUAACAAGAACAAUGUUAUCUUUACUUUAUAUUUUAUGUAUUCGAAUGUGAACUGAAAUUAACCAUAGUCAUUUCAGGAUUUGUGUUCAUAGCUGUGAUUUCAGGAGAUACAUGAUGGUUAUUACUGUAGAUUAUUCAAUGCCAAGAUAUGGCUUUGUUGAAUUUGAUAUGUGACUUUUGUUCAUUAAUAUUUUCAUGUAUUCAACUGAAGUGGAAGUCUUUAAGUCUGAUUGCAGAGCCAGUCCAACGAGGUAAAGUUCAACAAAAGUAUUCAUGGCACACUUCACAAUAUGCCUUUCUUUCUUUUCCUUUUUUUUGUCGCACAGUUUCUAUUCCAAACGAAAUCGCUGACAAACUACAUUAGAAUCACGACUAGAUAUGGGCAUAAUGGUGAUUUGAACAUUUGGGGAGAAUGUGAUUUUGUUUGUCAGACACACUUUGGAAACUUGAUACAAUAUGGUUACAAGUUUGUGAUUGAUGGCAUUAUUUCAAGGACAGGGAUUGGGAAAGGCAGGGACCAUGGGCCAUUUUGCACAUUAGAAUACUAAAUGGCCCAUUAAGUCGACUAUUGAUACAAGGGCAGUGGCCCAUUCUAAAUACAGAAAAUGGCUAAUAAUCUUGAAAAUGGCCCAUUGUCAAAGUUCUCUAUCCCAAUCCCUGCGAGGAUAUAAAAUGGUGUAUUUAUACACACAAUAACUGUGAAAUCUGAAUUAACAUAUUUGCAAAGAGCAAAGUAAUUGCCAUUUUUCUUGUAUACUGUAGACCUUACCAAAGACAAAUAUUGUACGGAUGAAGUGGGCCUUCUCUAUUUAGUAAAAAGGGGCAGAUCUAUGCUUUGUCCAGGAAAAUUGCCAAAGCAAUAAUCUCUGGUGUCGUCAGCAGGGCCGGCUUAUGGGGAGAAAAACACCUGGCUCACCAUCCGCAACUUGAAAUUCGUAACCAAUAUAUGAGGGGCGGUGGGGUAGCCUAAUGGUUAAAGCGUCGGCUCGUCACGCCGAAGACCCGGGUUCGAAUCCCCACAUGGGCACAAUGUGUGAAGCCCAUUUCCGGUGUCCCCUGCCGUGAUGUUGCUGGAAUAUUGCUAAAAGCGGCGUAAAACCAAACUCAGUCAGUCAGUCAUAACCAAUAUGUACAAGUUAAUAGGUUUGUCUCAUUUGGAGUUUUGUUGAAUGCCAGAAGUGGUUAUUAAUUAUAAGACCUCAUGUGACAUCAUCUUUACAUUGAUUUUAUUUUUAAUGCUGUCUCUGCUGGCCCCAAAGUGAUAGAACCAUGGUUAAGUGAAGUGCGGAUAUUGACAUGAUGUCCAAAUACAAAGGUUUCACAUGCCCAUUCAUGAUUAACUGGUACAUUAUUUCUGUUCUAACUCAACCCUAGAAACAUUCUAUGACACUGAAGCAAUAAUUGCUUGUACAUUGUUUGUAGAUAUAGCCAGCAGAAUCUGAUUGUGAUGUUUAGUCUCGUCUUUGUAUGGAAAAAGUUUGUAAUGUCCAGACAUUUGCCUGUUUGAGGUGGGUUUUCACUAGUUUUGUCUGAUUUCUAGUCAGUGGUAUUUGAUUAGUCAAUUGCUCUUUGUGUCUGCAGGGUGAAUGUACACUUGUUCUUGAACCAGUGUAUUCAAUCUAUACAUCAUUAUGAUAUGUUGAAAUUUACUUUAAUUCAGAUGGGUAUGCUGUCUAUAUUUAUAUCUUUUUUUAUAGAGAAUUUUAUUAUCAAAACAUAUUCUUUUUUUGAUGCAGACGUUUUUGUUACCAAAUGUGAUCUAUUUUUUAAUUGUCAGUUCUGAUAAGUAUAUUGAUGUAUGUUUUGAUUAUGAUGUGGAUAUAUAUUGAUGAUGACAUAACAGCCUUUGCAUUGAUUGAAAUUUCAGGAUCUCUAAGCACUGAUUUAUAUUAUGGAGCUACAUUGCUUUGUCCUGGGAUUAGACAGUGCAGACAAUGAGCCUAAUAUGGCUGAUGUGUAAUGUUGCAGUCAGAAUAACAAUAGUUUAUGUAUUAAUUUGGAAAUAAUGUUAUUGGGGUUUUGGAAAAAGACAAACCCAGCUUGCACCAUUUCAGAUUUAGGAUUUUUUAUGGCCAUAAAUUUGAAGAUCUUAGUCUCAGCAGCACUUUAUAUGCAUGCAUUCAUUGAUCCUGAAAUACUAUUUCAUUACAUGUUUUGAGGAAAAUGAUGAGAAAUUUGAGAAAAAGACCUAACAAGAAAUGUAUAGUUUGUUAUAACCAAAGCUGCAUUUUGCAGUUAUGCGCUCCUGACAAGGAAAGAUAUUUUGACGUCCAUAUUUGUAUUGUGACAGAUACUCCCUGUGAUCAUCUAGUCACCACCACUGUGUAUGCUAAAAGUGAUUGUUGCAUCUGUACAUCAGAAAUUGGUUGUGACUGUAAGAGUGUCUGUAAUUUAUGUGUACUCAUUUGAUGAAUGUGAAAAUCUUCAAAGAAUAAAUGUGUUCAUGGA